AUGAAAGACAACAUCAAGAAUGCGCUGGAGGCAGAGAGGGAGAAGGAGCAGGGGAACGUCUUCUUUUCCCAAGGGGACUAUGAGUUGGCCAUCUUCCACUACACCAGAAGCAUAAGAUACAUGCCAAAGUGCUCCAUCCUAUACACGAACCGGUCUUUGGCUUACUUCAAGAUCGGGUCCUUCCAGCAGAGCCUCGAAGAUGCCCUGAGAGCCAACGAGCUGGACAAAGAUAACCUGAAAAGCUACUAUCGAAUUUGCGAAGCGUAUAGUGCACUGAAGGACGAAGAAAAUUACAAAAAAUAUGAGCAACUGUACAGGGAGAAACAGAGUAGCCAGAGGGGACACACAAAGAAGGACGGAGAGAAGACUGAUUCUUCGGCGAAGCGAGUAGAGAAUGACUCCCCCACGGGUGGGACUCCACUCCCGAAGGAAACCGCUACACGAAUGAAAAAACAGAGGGGUAUCAAAGAAAGCGACGAGCUAAUGCACCUUGGAGAAACGGACCACACGAACCCAUUUAUCUUUAUGAGUCAACCUGAGAUAAAAGACGGAGUAUCGAAUUUCUCUUUUGAGAAGAAGCAGUACAGGAAUAAUUUCCUCAUAGAAGAAGUGUACGAUUUUGAUGAGAACAGGAGAGGAAAGGACCUCACCAAUGGAGACGCGCUGAAAAGCAAAACAGGCAACACUUCGAAGAACCCUGCUCGUGCCAAUGGCGACUCCAAGAAGAAGCUCAUAGUCAACCAAUCCGACAUUCUGGACGAUGUAGAACUGUUUAUAAACCUCUUUGCAGACAUAUCCAUGCAUCCCAUCCCCUUCAUUUCUGUUCCCAUUGAGAGAGAAGGAAAAAAAGGAAACCUUUGCCGUUACCAUAAUGUCGACUUCGUAACUUUAAAAGGGAAAGCAGACGAGCUUUUCGCGGAGAAGAAAUUCGACGUUGCGAUGGAAGUGUACAACGAUAUUAUUCGCGAGCAUGAUAGCGAACGCGGAAUAUACUACUGCACAGUGCUCAGCAACAGAAGCGCCUGCCACGUCGAAAUGAAGAAGAUUCGGAGCGCCCUCUGCGAUGUGACCAAGACGCUUAGCAUCCUUUUCUCAUUCUUUCAAACACAUAUAGAAGAUAUAAAGCGCGCCAUCGAUGCAGGGGCCCCCUCACCCGCUGCACACGAACAAGCGGAAGCCUUCCUUCCAACAGACAGGGAUGUUUAUAAAGACCCCAAGGGAAUCUACUCCCAGGCACACAAAUUGAUGCUAAAGCUACUAUUCAGAUAUGUGAAAUUUUCGCACCUGUAUGAAAAAAAUGGAUUCAAGGUUCCGUCCCUCCACCAGGUAAAAGAGACCUCUGCGUCAUGA